UUCGAGAGAACGCCGAAUGAAAGGCUUAGAUUUGGAAAAGCAGUUUAAAAAAUCCAGCAUUAUAUUUUGGAUUGCACUCCCGGUUUUACGCAACAAAAACAAACCUGUCAAAUCAGAAAAAAUGGGAGAUGUGUCAGCAGACAUGAUUACUGUAGGAAUGCUCAGAGAGGCCUGUGAGACUGUGAGAUCCAGCCCCAUGGAUGUUAUCAAGACACCGUUGAUCCCAUGGAGCCAAACCACACUGCCCCUCCACACCUCCUGCAAUAUUCACAUCAAACUGGAGAACAUGCAGCGCACAGGUUCAUUUAAAAUAAGAGGUGUUGCAAACCAGUUUGCCAAGAGACAUAAAGGGGACCAUUUUGUGACCAUGUCUGCUGGGAAUUAUGGGAAAGCUUUUUCAUAUGCAUGUAAGCAUUAUGGAUCCAAAGGCAAAGUGGUGAUGCCAGAAACCGCUCCCAUCUCCAGAUCUGUGCUUAUACAAAGUUUAGGAGUUGAGGUUGAAAGAGUCCCAACUACUCAUCUCAUGGAUGUUGUUAACCGGUGUGUUCAAGAGGACGGCAUGACUUUCCUUCAUUCCAUUGAUGAUCCAGACCUCAUCGCUGGACAUUCCAGCCUAGGUUUUGAGAUCCUGGAUGUUGUACCCUAUCCAGAUGUGGUGGUUGUUUGCUGUGGUGGUGGAGGGUUGCUGUCUGGUGUGGCCGCUGCCAUUAAACUGUCUGGUUGUGAAGACACAAAGAUCUAUGGAGUUGAACCAGAAGGAGCUUGUACAAUGUAUAAGAGCUUCAUUGAGAAGAAGCCUGUUGGUAUGGACGCUAAAAGCAUUGCUUCAGGACUGGCGCCUCCAUUUGCAGGUACGCUGGCGUAUCAGCUUUGUCAGAGGUAUGUGGAGAAGAUCGUGCUGGUGAGCGACGAGGAGAUCAAAUCUGCAGUUUCCACACUUUAUAAAGCCGGUCUGGUUGUUGAACCUUCGGGCACUGCUGCGUUCACUGCCAUCAUCAAUGACAAAAUACCAGAUAUUCAAGACAAGAAUGUGGUGGUGAUUCUCAGUGGAGGAAAUAUUGGCAAAGAUGAGCUUAGCAACUUCCCAGACUGAGAAAACAAAAGAAAAUAAAUAAUUUCUUACCAAUAUACAUAUCAUUACAAAAAGUGUUGGGUAAGUACCUUUAAAAAUAUAUUCUUUACUAAU